UCCUCCAAGGCAAGAGCUACUAAGAAAUCUAAAAAAUCAAAAAUGUUCGCUUCAAAAGUUGUGGUUCUUGGCUUCCUCGUGGGAUUCGCCGCUGCAUCAGAAGAAGGAAAAGCGGUGGCAACUAAAAGAGGACUCACCGGUCUGGCUUAUCCUGUCUUCCCCGCCGGCUGGAACCCUGGAUCUGCACCAGUUUGGCCUCCAGCGGGUCUAGGAUGGCCUCUUUCAGCCGAACUUCCCGCCCUGACGAACCAAAUCACUGGAGGGUCUCACUACCCUGGAUCCUUGGGACAGCCAGAACUCAAUUUUGCCAAAGGCGCCGCUCAUACCAUCGCACUUCAUUCUGCCCAUGCUGUAAACGCCGCCGAAGUCACAGCCGCCCUCCAAGCCGCCAAGGAAGCUUCAGCCGCCGCCGCGAUCGCUCAACAGAGAGUCCAACAGGCCAAAGAAACAGUCCUCAUCCAGCAGAAGAUCGCCGCCGCUAAAGAAGCAGCCGCCGCCGCUGCCAUCCAGAGGUCCGAAGCCGCUGCAGCCACAGCCGCAGCCAUCCAAAGAUCCGAAGCCGCCGCCGCAGCUAUCCACAGACAAGAGGCCGCAGCCGCAGCAGCAGCCGCUCUCCAGAGGUCUGAAGCCGCUGCCGCCGCAGCAGCCGCGAUCCAGAGAUCACAAGCUGCCGCUCACGCCAUUCACAAGACUGCUGCAAAAGCUGCCGCAGCCACAGCAGCGCUCAACCACGCCGCCGCCGCAGCCAGGCCAGUAGAAUACGGACCCUGGGGCUAAGCAUUAAGUUCAAUUACAACCUACAAAUUGUU